UUCUUGCUUGAAAAUGAACAGUUGCUUUGAAGAGCAAAAGUUGGGUAGGUUAAAGAAAGCAUGUACAUUUAAGUUGCCUCUUUAUUAUGAAAAAUAAGUUGCGACAUAAUAUGUUAAAAUCCUUUGAAAAUAUAUUAAAAUUCUAUGAGAGACUUGGGUCGUGAAGUUUGCUCUGAUUUUGGACCCAGGAAAAAAGGGUUUAAGAUGUGCUGCAGGUAAAGAAGGGGUUAAGGAUAUUAUGCAAGCUGUUAAGUAAAAAGGAAGUGCAUUACAAAAUGCUGAGCUCAGGAGUCUGGCUGUCAGCCAAGCCUUUGCUUUCCCGUGUACAGCUGAGGGCUUUCGAAGCUUCCCACCAGUGGGUCUGUCUGCACUGUUUAGGAAUGCGGCCGCGGUCGCCAGCUGACGUUAGCGCCGCCACCGGUUCAGCCGCGGGCCAAAGCGGCAGACUGACAGCAUGGUCUGGGUGGGACGUGUGUGUGACUGGUAGUGAGAGGGCGGGGCGCACUGUGUGACUGACAGGAUGGUUCUUCCUUAGUACUUUUUAUUAUAGAUAGUCUUUGUGAGGAGAAACACUAUUUUCUUUUUCAUUUUUAAAAGCCAGGGUUUUGUACUACUUUAAGUAUUAAGUAUAAGCAAAAGUAAAUGUAACUUGCACAUCAAAAUGUCAUUUCAAGGGCUGUUUUUUGGUUUUUCUUUCCAAGAGAAACAGUAAAAACAGGUUAUUUUUAACAGCGAAGAGGCACUAGAAUACGGUUUUUUUGUUGUUGUUGUUGUUGUUGUUGUUGUUUUUUGAUACAUGGAGUUGAACUUACAACUUUGUGCUUGCCAGGCGGGCACUUUGCUGCUGAGCUAUAUCCCCAGCCUCUAGAGCAGUGAUUUUUGUUGAAUAAUGAGAUUCUCAGUUUUUCUUACCCAAAGUCCAUUUGCAUUUCACAGAAAGAAAUCAUAAAAGCUCUUCAGAGUAAUUUUGUAAAACAAAGAUGAAAAGGAAGAAAAAUUAUGUGGAAAACCACCGAGAUUGAUACAUUUCUGUUAUAACUACCUUUAAGUAUGAUGGCUUUGGGUUGUUGCGGAUUUCUCAGCCUUUAAACAACAUGUAACCCUUUUUGGGUGACAUUUUACAAGAAGCAUGUUUCAGAGUACUUUAAGCAAUUUAUUUAACUGGAAUGCCACAGACUGCCUCUUAUUUAUUUUCAUACAUCUUUUUCCUAUGUUGAUUUAGAGGAUCUUCAAGCCAAAAUAAAUAUUUCAUAAAUAUUUGGGCAUUUGGGUAUACAUCUGCAGAAUACCUCACAUGUUUCAGCAAGAAAAAUACUGACUAUGAAGAGUAAAGACCUGACACAAUUAGCUGGGUACAAUAAGAAUAUACUCUUAAAUACUAUAUUCAUUUCUCUGGGGAGAGGUUGCCAUAUAGCUGUUCAGUUAGGAAGAAAGCAUUCUUAUAAUUCAGAACAUCUUUUGAUUUUUAAACAGUACUGAGUAUUGGAUCUAGGGCCUAGAACACUUUAAGUGCUGAUUUGGCACUGAACAGUAGUGCUAUAUCUCCUACUUAUGCCAUGAAUUCAUGGGACGUAAGUUCCAGUAGCUCAGGCUUCUUUCUGUUGGUUCUCACAAAGUGUGUUUCUCUGGGCAGGGCAAGCUGGCCCCUUUCUCUUUGGUAUCCUCCAUUUUCUGAUAAUUUUCCUCAGUGCAUUUCAGGAAGCUACCUUGGCUCUUAAGAGCAUUUAAUAUGCUAAUAAACACAUUAAUUCUCUUGGCAAGCACAUUGCUUGCUUGUUUAUAACAAUGCCAACAAUUGCAAUAUCACCCUUUCUGUAGGUGCUCAUGUAUAUAGUAUGUGGCCAAAGGAACAAUUCCAUGUUUUCCAAAAGGCCUAGAGAAUAUAUAAUGAGUUUCUUUUCUCUUACUUUGUGAUUUAACAUUUUGGCAAAUUACUGGAAGAUGGCUGUUCCACUCUAAAGGCAAGACUCAUAAUUGAGAGAUCUGUUUUCCCUUCUCUAAAUAUCUUGUUUUCAUAAUGGCUAAUUUUACUAUAAAAACAUGUUUUUCUUGACUAUUUAGAGCAGUUUGUUUAAUCCCAUCUAAGAGUUUUGGUAGUUAUCUGGUUCUUAGUUAAAAUGAGUCAGAGUCAGGAAUGCAAGUUGAUUGGCUCUCUUGUGGAGAUGUAUCUUGGGCAGUGAGAGGUGUAAGUGAUAGUCAUAGAAUGCAGACAGAAUCUAAAAAGGGUCCAUUCAGGUUUAUGGAAGACUUUGUUUCUUGGCCAGGCCAAUAAUGGAACACUACUUAAGUGGCUGUUGAAGUUACCUGGUUUUGAGUAACUGUUUCAGGAGCCCCUGAUUUAUAGAAGGAGUAUUAUAACUUUUGAUAGAAAAGGGUGUAGCUUUCCAUGAGAGGAAGACUUAGGCUUAUUUGAACUUGUUAAAACCUUUUUCUGAAUGAGCUUGAUCAUUUCCUUAGGAGAAAUAGCAUUCUACUUCUAGAGAUGGUCACUGUGAUUUCACCUAUGUGUAGCAGCCAAGCUUAGGUGAAGUUGGCUUGUAGAUCAAGAAAAAACAAAACAACAAAAACUUAGGGCACUUUUUGAUAUAAGGCAACAUACACAGCCCUAAAUUACCCAGGCAUUCAAAUGCUUCACUCAAAUUGGAAAUUGUACAGAAUUUAAGUGUGUUCUAGGUUUGUGAAUAGUAUAAUGGUAAGUGGUGCAUUUUCCUUUUAAAGUACAUCUUACUAGACUUAAAGGGCUUGUGUCCUAUCUUCCCAUGGACAAUAAUAUAUUUUAUGUGGAAUAAUAUUAGCAGUAUAAAAAGUUGUAAACUUUUCUGUUACCCUGAAUUCAAAUACUAUGUUCAUCUCAUUAAAUUCAGAGAGUAUCUAACAGGCAUAGUUGGUUGAUUGAACACUGACUUAAGAAUGAAGUAUGAAUUUCACUUAGUUUGCUUAGUCACCAAUUAUACGAUUGUAUCCACUUAGUUUUAAUCUCACUGUGCCUUGCUUUGUCCAGAAGGAAAUAAUUUUAAUUAGUUCCCUCAUGAUAGGACUCAAGGCAAAAAGGCCAUUAUGGAAAUGUAAGAUAUUCUAGUAAUAAUGUAAAAUGUGGGUAGCAGAAGAAAUGGUGGCCUGGUAUAGCUGCCUACUGAUCUGCCUCCCUGCUUGUCUGCAGCAGCCCAUCAUCCUUGCUGUAAAAUCCUCCCUGGGAGGCCUGUGCACUUGGAGAGGAGCCUUGAGUGUUUUGAGUGUGUACUUAGAUUUGGGGUUUCCUUUUUCCUUUGUUUUCCCCCAAACAACUGUCAAUUCUUCUAUAGUUCUGUCAAAUACAGAAUGAAUGCUUGCAUCUUCUUGGACAAGUCUGUAGUAGGACUCUGUAGAAGAAAGGUAUGAUCUGAUUCAUCAUCUGCCUUUUAAAGUUUAUUUAAUGCCAGUCGCGUACAUUUUGCAUGACAAACGAUGAGAACACAAUAGAUACUGCUGCCCAAUUGUCUUGAUGUUAGUGAAGAAAGAAUCUCCUGAUGGAAAUGCUUGCCCAAAGCUACAGUGUAGCUCUGUUGCCCCAGUAGAAUAUGUUAGGUAGGAUCAGCCUUGUUUUCAUAAGAAUCCUUUAAAAUUACUUUUGUAUAGUUAACUUACAUUUUGAAAGAAAUUUUGUUUUAAUCCAUUCUGACUGCUAAAAGAAAAAUACCUUUGACUGAAUGCUCUGUAAGCAACCAGUUUAUUUCUCACAGUUCUAGAGGCUAAGAAAUUCAAGAUCCUCGUUGGUACCAGCAGAUUCAAUGUUCAGUUAGUUCAUAGAAGGUAUUCUAAUUCAUAGGAUAGUUCCUUCUUGCUCUGUCUUCAUAUGGGAAGGAAGAGUGAAGAAGCAUUUUUACCUCUUUUAAUAAGGGCACUGAUCUCAUUCAAGGGAGUGCCAACCCAAUGACAUAAUUACUUUCCAGAAGUUCACCUUCUAAUACCAUCAUCUUGGAGGUGAGGAUUUCAGCAUACAAAUUUUGAGGAGAUUGAGGCAUUCAGACCAACACUUAUAUUCAUUUUGUAUUUAUUGUGUAUUCAAGUUUUAGAAAAUUAACCAACACACUACAACUGCCAGUGAUAGCCACUGUAACCAUACUGUUGAUUUAAUUCCAGCCCACAAGGAAAGAACAUGGACUAUUAGCCUUUGAGCAUAUCCCUAGUAAAUCUGUGGAGCUCAUUGGAUCAGGGUGGCAAACAUACAGCACACAUUCUGUAGCUGGCUGAUUGUACCAUUGGAAGCUCUAAAAGGAUCAAUGUCACUGCAGUAGAUGGUUUGAAAUUUUAUGCAAAGUAUGUGGGUACCUCAACAUUCUGAGUGUCUGUGGCGUGUUUCCAGAGAUAACUGCCUUUAGGCCAGCAAGCUGAGUGGGGGAAGACCCACUCUUAUUGUGGGUGGCACCAUCCAACAGGAUUGUAUCCUGGAUUGAAUUAAAGGAGAAGCAAGAGAAGUAGAUCUGAGUCAUGCAAAAUGUAUGUAACUGGCAUUAAAUAAAGUUUAAAAGGCAGAUGAUGAGUGAAUCUGCUAGGUGUUUUUUAGUCUAGUCAAGUUGACGUAUUGUAAUAAUAGUCACAAAGUUUCAGAAUUUUAAAAUGUUUUUGUUUUCCUAGUAUUAUUAUUAUUGCAGUAGUGGAGAUCAAAUCCAGGGCCCCAUGCAUGCUAGGUACAUAUUCUGCCACUGAUGGCUUCCCCCAUCUCUGAAGAAAAAGGACUUUUUUUUUUGUCUUUUUCCUUUUAAUCGGUACCGGGGACUGAACUCACGACUGUCUGCUUUCAAGGCAGGCACUUAUGCCGCUCUGCUAAAUUCCCAGCCCCAAGAAAAGGGAUUUUUAACUCCUGUUUAUUGACUGUUUUGAGUAACAUAGGAUAAAUUAUUUUGUAGUAGGAAAUUCAUGUCUCCGUGGAAGAGGAAAUACCUUGUAAUAGUUACAAGAACAACAAACUCCCAUGUGGAGGAACUCAAUAUGGAAGAACUUUCUAUGGUCAUUAAGUAUGCGUGGGAGGUAAAUUGAAUAAGGUGGUGUAUGCUUCAGAGCCCUGUGCACCCAUUACCUUUUGAUUAGUUGUCUGUUAAGUAUUUCUUUGCUUAUUUUUAGGCUUUUCUUCUCUAAAAGAUUUUGAGCAGCUUUACAAAACAAUGUAUAGUUGUGCAUCCCUAAUCUGAAAAUCUAGAAUGCUACAAAAUCCAAAACUUUUCUGGUAGUAUGCAUUAGCAGUAUAUAAUGAUUACAUUCAUUAUGGAGAGUUGCUACAUGUACCUAACACAAUCUCCCUAUUCCCUAUAGAUCCAAAACUUUUUGAGUGCUGUAGGAUACCACAAGGGGAAAAUUCCACACUAGACCCUCUUUGCUGGCUCAUAGUUAAAACAGAAACAUUGAAAGUACAGCAUAAAAUUAUUUCAAGCUGUGUGUGUAUGAAUCACAAGAGAAGUUCAUAUUUUCAAUUAAGUCUAUCCCAAAGAUAUGUAUAUUCAAACAUUGAAAAUAAAAAAAAUCCCAUGCAUUUCAGAUUAAAGAUAUUCAACAUGUACAAUAAAAUAAUAUAGAAAUGGAAAACAAUAAUUUUCCAGUUAAAUAUUUUAUUAAAAUUAAAAUAAUGGACCAUUGUGUUUUUACAUAUUGUUAAAAUCAAGACACUGUUCCAAUCUCUGUAGUUUUGUGUAUUGGAUGGAAAGUUAGAAAGGUGGUAUUUUAUAGUGUUAUUUUUUUAUCUGCAAAGGGUUCUAUUGAUAUAUUUACAAUCGGGAUUCAAAUUACCCUUGAAUUUUGUAGUACUCGUAUGUCCAGACUUCCAUGUUAUUGUUCUGAAAAUUAGUUACAUAUUUGUGGUAGAACCACCUAAUAAAUUUGUGAUUAUGAAACAAUAUUGCUUUACUUGGCACUUUUCUGAAAGUGGCUGGUUCACCUAAGUAUAAAGAUUAGAUUGGAUUGGAAAUGCUGGGCUUAGUCCUAGAUAAGACUUUCUUAAAACUCGGGAAAUGGCACACAGGGUAGCAGGACCAAACAUUUCUAGUGGUGGAGCCAGAAUGACCCAAUAACAGAAACUACAACAAAUGUUGGACAUUAUGUGCCUUGAACUGUCUGAUAACUUUCUCUGCAUUAUUUUAUCUCAUCCCUGCUCCUUACAAGAGCACUGUGAAAUAGAUGGGGGAAGGGGUGAUCUUUACUUUAUAGUUGAAGAAAGUGGUCUCUAGGAAGUUUAUUGCUUACUCAAGGAUAUGCUGAUAACAUGCUAGAGUUGGGACCUGAACUCAGGUUUGAAUCCAUAAUUUUGUAUUUUGGUAAACUUUUCUGGAGUAACAUGGUAUAUGGAGAAGUUAAUAGGAGAGCUCAAGUAGGUUUUUCCUUCUUAGUUUAGAAGCUGAAAUAUACGGAGUCAGAGGUGCUUCAUAUGUUACAAGGAGAGUAUUAUCUGAUGUGUGGCCGAGAUUAGAGGAUAGUGAUACUGAUUCCUCUGUAAGAAUGUGUUGGUUGGAAUGGCUUUGAGAUGAAACUUAAGUGGCCACAUAGAAGUUCUGGAUGACAUUUCUGUAUAGUUCAUAAAGGUCCCAGUUAAACGAUAGCAUCACUGAUCACCAGAAGUCAUCUUUUAGUAUCAACUUUAGUCACUUAAUGUAUUAUAUACAUUAUAUAUGCUGCAUUCUGUAUCAAAAGGAAUAGUUAGGUCUUUAAGUUUUUCCCUUUUUCUUUUCUUUUGAUUUACUUUAAACAACAGAGAACUUAAGGCCAAAGCCUUCAUAAAAUAUUUACCAAUGAAAGGUAAUGUGAGUUUAAAUUGUGCAAGAUAAGCUUAUCAGGGCUUAGAAUACCAGCAGUCUGAUUUAACUGUAAAACCAAAAUCAUUGUUCAUAAUCUCAGCCUAGCCUUUCUUGUGGAGUGGUAAAGAAGUAUGCAGAUCCCUAGGAAUCACUGGAAACAAAAAGGGCUGGAUGGAAGUAUUCUCUCUGCUCAUGAGUUUAUAGAACAAAAGACAUUCAUUUGUUGCUCAGUUAAUCUGAAUUCUGGGAAGGAAAGGAAUAGAUAGAAAGGAGCCAAAGGGUUUGGUUCUCACAAUACUGUCCUACUUGUAACUCACUGAGGCCUUCUUAAGGUGAGUCAGUUCUCGUAAACCCUGAGAUUUCUAUAGUACUAAAAUCUCUCUAAACAUGGCAUCACCCCCACUCUCAAAAACUAUAAAGCUGCUUAAACAUUUUAGAUAUUCCCACAGCCUCUGUUACACUUCUUUGGAUCUUCCCCUUAGCUGAUGAUAUGUUUGUUGUAAACUAUGAACCUCUGAUCUUCUGGGGGUGCAGUAGAACUCUUUUUGGGGGAUUCUCUCAGAAAUGAUGAAUGACCCACAAGUAUGCCUGAUAGGCAAGUGGUUAUAGAAACUGAUGCUCAUGAGGUAUGAAGCAAGUGUUUGAUGUCUGUAGAUCCAUCAUCUGGGAAAUGCUUUAGCUUAACUGUGCCCCUUUCUUUGGCCCCAAGUGGCCCACUAACCCUAGCCAGCUGUCUUGCCAGCCAACACUAUUGGAUGACAAGACCAAACUGAAAAAAUGGAUUGACACAAAUAAACUGCUAAGAGUAGAAAAACACAAAGCUCAUGGAUCAGAAAUUGGCCAAUGAGAGAAUGAAUGAGCAAGAUGACAAAAGGAGAUAAAAGAGAUAUAGAGUAUAGCCUUUUUAGCAUGUACUUUGUGGACUAUGAAAUUAGAUUGUAACUUUUAGCUCUAGAAAUGAAAACAACUCAGUUCACUGACUAUUUCUGUUAUGGGUUUCCAUUUCAAUAUGUUAUAUUGAACAGGUUUAGGAGAUUGUUAAACUGAAAGUACCCAACUGAAUGCUAACUAAAAUUACCCCACUUUAGUUACAAAAUGGAUUUUUCAAGUAGAAAUAAAUACAAAUUACCAAAUAAACUUUGCAUAGUUUGAAAAGCUAUUCUUCUUCAAUACCUCCUUUAGAUGUUAUGUAAGUUCAUUUCUGCUGCUAUAAGAAAACACCACCGACUGGGAAAAUCAUAAAAAUAGUUUUUUUGGCACAUGGGUCUAGAGGUUAAGAACGCUAAGAUAAAAGGCCCACAUUUGAUGAGGAUUUUCUUGCUGUGUUAUAAUGUGGUAAAGGGAAUUAGAGACAGACUGGUUUGUAGGGAGAUAGCAAGAGAACAUCGUUUUCCCUUUCCCAGUGCUGUAGAUUGGAUUCAGGGCUUUGUGCAUGCAAACAAGUGGUAGCACUAAGAUAAUGCUGUCAUAAUGAACCCACUCAUGAUGAGGACAUUAAUCGGUUCAUAAGGGAGGAGCCUUCAUGACUUAAUCACCUCUUAGUUUCUGCCUUUUAAUACAGUUACAGUAUUAAAUUAAACACGAGUGUUAGAGGGGACACUGAAACCAUAGCAGUUAUUCUUAGAGGUUAUAGGUUCAUAGUUAUAAAAUACACAAACCCAAAGGCCAAAAAACUGUGACUAUAGUGUGUGAGUAGAGUUUGAAAACUAAAUAAAAGCAUGGACAAGUGCCCUGCUUGGCACUUGAGGCUGUUACAGUGUAGAUAAUUGAGUCCUUAUCUCUUUAAGAAGGUACUUUUUAACCUAUAUUGUUAAAAUUUGUUUUUAGUUGCUAAAAAUGCACACAUCUCUUUUUUUAUACUUAAAUAACCGGUAUACUGAUAGUUGGAGAAUGGGUAGAUUGUUGAACUUUGUAUAUGCAAAGCAGAUUGUACCUAUUACAGUUUUGUUUUGUAAACAGACGUGAUAUUUUUUCAUAUUAAAGCGCCAAGAACUUGAGGCUGUUAAAAAUAUCAGAAUGGUAGUUUGAGAACUUGAAGUUAUUUUAGAGAUGAUUUAAUCAUUCUAUCAGUUUAAAAAUGAGAAAACUGAGGUAAUGAGAAAUUAAGUAGUUUCAAGAGUUUUUAAGUAUGUGGUAGGUCUGUAUAUAGGUCUUGUAAAUUUUGUGGUGAGAUUUAUCAUUUUUAUAUUUUUAAUACUCUUGUAACUGAUGUGUUUUGAUUUUGUUUGUUACCAGAAAGUGGAAGUAUAACUUUUUCAUAUAUAUAAUCUAAUAGGCAAAGAAUCAGAACCACAAUGUCAGACUUUGAUUGCAGUCCAGUCCUUUUACUGUUACCGGUAAGGUGCUUUGAAUAUGUGCAUUAUGCUAAAGGCAUUGAAAAUGAUGGCUGCUUUUGUUCCUAAGACCUAAGCAAGGGUUUUGAAAGGCUCAGUGGUUUAACACAAAGAAAAUGAUGUGAAUCCUUCUAUCAUUUUUAUUUAAAUGAAAUCUCUUACUGCCUUGCUAGGUGAAUGGGGGAAACAUAGAAACAAAUACCUGUUUUGGAGGAUUGUGGCAUAUGGAUGAUGGUAGGAGGACAGAAUAAGGAGACUGUGAUAAGAUGAAAUACUUUUCUAAAUUCUUCAAGGCAUGAAUAUAAUGUUGCUAUUAAAGAAAUUUAUUAAGGCACCUUGCUUUUCUCAUCUUUCAGCUCCUAUUUAUAAUUUAGUAUUUUCUAUGCAGAGUGAUGUUUUUCUACCAGAAAAAUCACUGCAGCCUAUAAAGCACAAUUGGCUUCUUUGCCCUUUGUGAUUGAUACUAUCAACAGGACUUGAGUUUUAUGGUCACCCAUUGGAUUUUACUGAUCAGAGAAGUUUAGAAAGAUUGAAAGAUAAUUCUGCUAUUAUCUAUGGGUUAUGUUACUACAGAUGAUACCACAUCCAUUCCAGCUCUUAUGAACCAUCAAAUGAACCAGUGCUGUGCCCUGGGCUGUCUCUGAGAUUUAUUUUCAUUUACAUUUGUGCUCAAGGCAGUCUCAUUCAGAUGUUAAGUUUAAGCUCUGCUUCCAGUCUUCCUGGUAUGGAAUUUCAUUGUUCCAUAAGGUAAUUAAUAGUUACAUGUUGCUAUUUAAAUUAACUGACAUUAAAAGUUUAGAUUUUCGGUUGUUUCAUAUGCUCUGUGUCAUUUACUUUUCCAUACAGUGUAAGCCUAUAUGCAAAGGCUUACCUGUCAUAAGGGGUAUGCCCUUUAGGACAGUGGUAAUAUGCUACCUUUACCCUCUGUUUGCAUUAUUUAUACUGAGGAGGAUAUGUAAUAGAUGAUGGUUUGAUCUGGGCUGGAGUGAAGUGUGCAACUGGCUUAGAACUAACUGAAUUCCUGUGCCCCUUUCCAUAAGUAUGAACUUGGGCUAAUCAUUUGCUAUCUUUGAACUUUAGUUUCUUCUAUUUUAAAAACAUCAUAUCGGGGCUGAGAUUUAGCUCAGCGGCAUAAGCACCUGCCUUGCAAGCAGGCAGUCGUGAGUUCGAUCCCUGGUACCGAUAAAAAGGAGAAAGACCAAAAAAAAAAAAAAAUCAUAUCUCACAAAAUUGGUGUGUCAGAUUUACUGUAUUUUAUAAAUCUGUAAAGUCUAUUCAAAAUGUGGUUAUUUUAGUGUCUUACUUUGUCACUGAGACACAAUAUCUGACAUAAUUUAAAUGAAGUGAGGUUUAUUUUCAGUCUGUAGUUGGCUGUCUGCAGGGAAGGAUGUUGUGGCCUAGGGCCAUGGUGGGAGAAAGCUACUUAUGGCGUGGAGGAAGUACACGGAAGGAAGUAGCUGGAGCAGAGAGUAUUGGAGUAGGGAGUAGAGAGAUUAACCUUCCAGGCCAACCAGACCAUAUUCCUAAUAGCAAGUCUGCUAUAAGCCCCCAUAAUUGAAUCACCUUCCAGAAGUUAUUGCUGAGAAUGCAUGAGAUUCUUGGGGAAUACCUAGUUAUAAACCAUAAUAUUCUGCAUGUGGCCCCCAAAAGGUACAUGUACUUCCUUUAUGCAAAAUAUAUUUAGUUCAUGUCUAAAAACUGCCAAGCACCUACGAGUUUCAGCAUUGCUGAAGGUCCAAGUCAAAAGUCUCCUCUGAGACUUAAGGCAAACUCGUAGCUAUGAGCCACUGUAAAAAUCAUCAAGAAAGUUAAAUAUUUCCAACAUACAGUGAUAUAGGAUAAACAGUUCCAUUGCAAGAGGUAGGAAUAAGGGGAUAGAAACCAACAGGUCAAAGCGAGACUGAAAACUAGGAGGGCACUAUUAAAUUCCCCUUCUGUCAUUCAUGUGCACACUUAACAAAGAUGUGAACUCCAAACAUGGACAGUUCAGCUUCAUGCUAUUGCUGUUGAUUGCAGCCCAACAUCUCCAGUUUCCUGGGGUCCCUGCUGCACAUUUGGCUUCCUUUUCACAGUUUAAUGCACCACCCUUUCACGGACACAGUGUUUGGCCUUCAAAACCCUCUACUGGGCCUACGAGCCUUACAUUCUGCAUGCCUGUAAAACCAGCACCAAAUGCAUGCUGCCAUCUAAAGCAGUGUCCAGGCCUUCUUGGUUAGUAGUUCCAGAGGCCUCCAAAUGCUUGCAUCACUGAGUACUAUGAAUUCAACCCCCAGGACAGAUUUCCUAGGCAGCCUUUCUGGAGCACAGUGCCCUGAGGCUGUGUUCUCAAAGUCACUAUCUGAAAAACAAAAUGCCUGCCUAUUUGUAUAUCUACGCGUACCAAAAAUUUUGUUUGCAAUAGUAAUUUUUAAAAUCUUUCAUUUUUGCCUGUAAGGCUUCACACUGAACAUUAAUAGCAGCACUAGAAAAUGAUCAUGCAAAAAGCCAGUGCACACUUUGGAAAUUAGCAAAUUGUGUAAUAGUAAUGUAGGACUAAAUUGUUGAUCAGGUUAAAGAUUUCAAAAUGAUACUAAUGCCUCACCUUCUUACAGUGUAUCUGAAAGUUUAAACUAUGUUGUAGACAUCUGAUUUAUUCCUACACCAGAAGAUGAGUCUAUGAUCAUCAUCAGAUGAAAUAAAAGGUUACCUAAGUAAGUUUUUUGGAUGUGUUACUAUUUUUUUUAAUAAGUAGAAAGCAUGUCACUUCAUUUGUUACUACAAAUAAUGAAUGAGAGACAAUAAUUUUAAGAGGGAAUCCGAAAACAUCUACAGUGUAGAUAUUCACCAUACAAGCUUUUGAUUAAAUUUUUUUCUACUGAUCUCCAUUCUUACGCCCACAUCAGCCUGUAGUUUGCAAAAUGAAAUUCUGCCUUCACAUUUUAAGCCUAAAUAAGUUUUUAAAAUGUUUUUUAUAUAGAACCUCCUGGUAUUUUAAAAUAUAUAGCUUUUUUUUAGGCCUCACAGAGAAACCAUUACUGUAGCAUGGUAUCAGGAAUUAUCUGUAUUGUACAUUAAGGCUAAAUUGCAUGGAAUGGAGACUGCUCAGGUCUGAGGCUGGGCAGUGUGAAGGGGUGGACAUUGAACAGUCUAACUUGGUCACUUAAGAAACCAUUACAGAUGAUGCAUUUGUGCUAGCUUCUUAUCUUAGAUGAUCAGAAACUGUGAUUGAGGCAAUUCUUUUCUAGUGAAGAAUACAAGAAGAAUCUUUAGGAAAUGACAUUGCUACCAAUGAGAUGGCAUCACCUAUGUGAUAAACUCUCCUUUAUUCCAACUCUAUAGCCCAGUGUCAUAGGAAUGGCUGUCUGUGCAUUCAGAAUUGUGUACAUCACACAAGGCAAUAAGCCUUUUGCCCAAAAUUAUUAAUGAAAGCAAGACUGUUGGAAACCAAAAUGAUAUCAUAUGUUUAAAAGUUUAGCAUUUUGUUGUUAAAAAUUUGGAGGAUGGGAGUAUAGCUCAGUUGUAGACCUGCUUGCUUAAGUCCUGAAUUGGAUCUUAAACACUCCCCUAAAAAGGAAGAAAAAUGGUAAUAAUUUUGAUAUAGCGUGACGUUUUAAACCUCAAAGCCUUUACUUUAUCCUUAACAAAUGAACUGCCCCCUCUGAUUUUUCAUGUUUUUUAGUACGUGUGUAUAGUACAUAAUACUUACAGUCAUUAUGGGGAAUUGGUAUGUGUAUAUAACAUCUUAAUUCCUUUCUUUUCAUCCUCUUUCCUAUUUGCUUAUGCUUUUAUAUAGCCACCUCUUUUGUCUCUGUCACUUCUGCUGAUGGCUGGUCAGGUUUUGAAGGGCCUGUGGGUGUUAGUUCUUGAAGGAUAAGUACUACCACAAAUAAGGAAGAGGAUUUAAAACUUUCUGUGAAGGCUCUGAGGACAGACAGGAACCAAAGCCAGAAGGAGAUAGACAAGGAGAAUCUCUCAAUUUUUCUAAAAAUAAAAGGAGCUGCUUGAGAGUGUGUGCUGAGGCUAGGUAACCACUUAUCAGAGAUAAUGUCUCCUGAGGUGGGUGACAAAGAAGCUGCCCCAGGGAUGCACAGAGAGAACAGAUUUGGGUAAAGAGAAUCUCAGCCUUUUCCUCAGGCACUCAAACGCAUUAUAGGCCACUGCUUCUGAUCCUAAAACACCCCCCCCCCACCCCUUUCGUGCCUUCUCAGGAUCCCCUACACUUACUUUUGGAUUGUUCCAUCUCUUGAACUAAUAGCCCAGUCAUCACUAUUGUUGGAGAAAGGGUGUAACAUUGUAGUUUAAGAGUUUGGGUGUUGGAGCCAGCCUGCUUGAGAUCUAAUCUCCUUUCUCCUGUAAACCUUCAGCAGGUUAAAUUCUCUUUGUGUCUCAGUCUCUUAUCUGUAAAGAUGAGGGAAUAUACGGGGAUGAUAACUAUAUUACAUGAUGAAAUCUGAGACCAUUGAUUGUAAGAAGCACUAUUGCUUUAUGCAUCCUAAGAACAAGUUUGUCUAUUUAACUAUGAUACACCUGCAUAUAAGUAAGAUACUCCCGUUUUAGAAAGGUAAAAAUGGAGAAAAAAAAGUAUAUUCAAAGACUUGACAAAAUGUAGCACUAGCUGACCUCCACCUCAGGACUACUGGGAGAAGUAAAUUGAUAUUUGUAAAACACUUACAGUAGUACUUGACACAAAGUAAGUGCUUACUGUUGAAUCUGUGCUAGAGAUUUAUUUUAGUUAUCUAGCCAUUGUUAUGCUUGAAGUUUAUUUAGUUACCUAAUCAGUGAUUGUGACAGGUACUGUGUUGGGAAGUUACUGGGUUUCUAGACCACUAUCACUUGGAGACACAUGCCUCAUAUUUUAGUUAAGGAGAAACUCACAGAAAGAAAAAUUCUCAGAUAACCUAGUAAGACUGACAUGAUUCUUUGGGGAGCAGAGUAUAAAGGAAUAAGGACUAACUUUUGUGGAGACAGGAAAGGCUUCAGAAAGGAAGUAGCAUUUAAGCUUAAUUGGGAGGCAUGAGAAAAGGGGGCCUUAGGAAUAGAAGGCCAGCAUAGCAGGGCAUUGUAGGCAGAAGGAACAGAACAUGCAAAGUCACGAGCCUGAGAAAUAGGAUUGAGGCUGUAUGUAUGUGGGGGAUGUGGCAGUAGGUAAAUCUGAAGAGUGGAGCUAUCUUAGACUGCAGGCCACAUGUGCCAAACUAGAAAGUUUGAACUUUGCAUAUUAUCUAGUUACAAAUGGAUAGAUGAGUAGAGGUCUUAAGUACUGGGCUAAUGUAGACAGGUUUUCUCUUCUGUCCUCUUAUUAUGCAGCAUGUCUUAUAGAAUGUAGUAUCUGUUCUUUUACAGGUAGGUAUAGAAACCUGGAUGACUUUAAAACCUGUUACAUAAGCAGGGUGUGAUGGUACAUGCUUGUAACCUCAGCCCUGGGGAGACUGAGGCAGGAGGAUUGUCAAGAGUUCAAGACCAGUCUAGGCUCCAUAGUUAGUCUAGGCCAGCCUGAACUACAUAGUGAGACCUUGUCUCAAAAACAAAAACAGCAAAUAAAACCUGUGACAUAGUUCCCUUCUGUACUGCAGCAGGGCAGUUAGUAAGACCAUUGUGUGAUUUAUAGAGUUAUAAGAUGAUAGUACAGUGAAGUCUUCUUUUACUACUAAGCAUUUAAACAAAAUCUCUAUUUACUAAAUUAGGUGGCAAAAUGCUUACUCCCCCCCCCCUUUUCCUAUUAACGUUUUACUUUAUCACUUGAUAACUUUUGCUGUCUGUGUAUGUAUACACGUGCACACAUGCUUUGCACAGGCAUUUUUUUUUUUUCUGGGCCCUUCAAUAGUGGGUUCCUUAGGAAUAAUUCUCCUACAAUACCACAGCAGCGUUAGUACAGUUGUCCUUUUCACUAAAUUUAGCAUUUAUCACAUUCUUUUUUACUUUAAAGAGAAUAAAAGAGAAACGGAAUAAAGCAAAUCAGAACAGAACAAUGCAAGUGAUAUAAAACUUCAAAACAAGAAAUUGGAAAUCAACAAUGGCUAUCAUAAUAAUGUCUCAUUUUUUUGAAAAUAACUGCAUACCAUCACAAUAAAAUUAAAACUGAAAACCAAUCAAAAGAAUGAAAUCAUUAUAGGACUUCAAAACAAGAUAAUAGGAAAUCUACAAUGAUUACAAUAGUAUAAUUGUGCUGGGGAUUUAGCUUAGCGGUGUAAGUGCCUGCCUGGCAAGUGCAAGGUCAUGAGUUUGAUCAUCCUCAAAAUAGUUGUCCAUACCAUCAGACAAGAUAAAAUCUAACAAAACAGCAUAAAACCAAACCUAACAAAAUUGUGAAAACAAUACAAGAAUUCACAACAAGAUAGUAGGAAAUUAACAGUGGUUACCGCGUUCCCUUUUUAGGUGUUUCCUCCUCUGUUACUUUCACAAUAUCUGUGUGUUUUGUGAAUCCCACUAACUCCUUCUGUUUUUUAUGCUAGGGAGAUAACUGGGCAUUCACCCAUACAAGUCCAUACCAUUUCAACUAUGAGCAUGAUCUCCAGUUGCAUCCAUUUACCAACCAGAACCUUGAGAUUACCCUACUUUAUAGGCGGGAAACUUGCCAUUGUAUGAAAAUACCAUAUUGUUUUUAUCCAUUCUGUGAUUGAUGGGCAAGUUACCCUUACUUUUUUUCUGGCCUCCUGUCAUGUGGAACAAUUGUUUUCUCUCCUUUGAUUUUUAGUCUGUAAAUUUCCUUCUGAGUUAAAUGUGUCUGUUGUAUGCAGUGUAUUGAUGGGUCUUAUUUCUUGAUCCACUUUCCCUGUGUUUCCUUUUAUUGGUGAAUUGAGACCAUCUACAUUAAUGGUUACAAGUGGCAUCUGUUGGUUCUGCCAUAAUGUUGUUGGCCCUCCACUUUUCCUCUUUAUUCAGUUGUCUAUUCUGCUUGGUGAUCUUUCUCUGCUUCUGUUCCUAGAACCAUAUCCUUCAGCACUCUCCAUGAGGUUGGUUUGGUGGUCAUGAAUUCCUUCAGUUGUUUUUUAUCUUGGAAGUAUCUUACUUUUCCAUCAAUUUGGAAAGAUAGUUUUUCAGGGUACAUCAAUCUGGGUUGGAAGUUGUUUUCUUUCAGGAUUUGAAGCACUUCAUGCCAAACUCUUACUGACUUGAUGGCUUAUGUGGACAAGUCUGCCAUGAUAGAUUGGUUUUCCUUUAUAGGCGGUCUGUUUCUUUUCUCUAACAGCUUUUAAUAUUCUUCUGGUCUUGUGCUCAGUUUUUGGGAUCUUGAUUAUUAUAUAUCUGGGUAUAGAUUUAUUUUAGUUAUGGCUAGUUGGAGUUCUAUAUACCUCACUUAUAUGUAUGCCAGAUCCUUUGCCCAUGUUUGGGAAAUUUUCUAUUAUUUCAGUAAAUAGUAGUUUUAUUUCAUUUGUGUUAGCUCCUUCUUCUUCGCUGACACCUAUCAGUCUUAAAUUUCUGUUCUUUGUCUUGUCUUGCAGUUGUUGAAUUGUUAUUUCCUGGUUCCUUGUUAUCUUGAAGAGAUUUUUCCUUUCAUGAUCACUAGCUACAAUCCUGUCUUCCAGAUCUGAAAGUCUUAUCAUUACUCUCUUUCAAGUGGUUUUGUCACAUUUUGAUUGACUUUUUAACUUCUGGGAUAUCUUUUUGAAUCUCUUUGAUAUAUUGUAAUUCCUUCCUAUAUCAUUCAUUGAAGGCUUCUAUCAUUUUCCUAUGCUCCUCUUUUUUUUUAAUCUAUCUUCUUUAGAUAUAUACUCAGCAGUUUCAGUAUGUUGAUUUCUUCUUUUACCUGAGACAUUUCGGAUUUGACUGCUUUUACAAUAUUUCAGAGAUUUCAGGUGUAUGACUUUCAUUUUCUUGCAUGACUAUAUUUCCCAGGCUUGUUUUAUGUGGGAUGGAGGUCUGAGAUUGCUUUUUGUGCCUUUGUCUUGACAUUCUCCUGAGUUCUUCCCAACAAACUGGUUGUAGGGUCCAAGGCACUUCCCACGUUUGCUCUCCCUCCCUGGUAUAGGGGCAUGAGAUAGGCACCUGGGUUUCUCUGAACCCAGAUUCCCAGGGAGGUAGCAGGGCACAGGGUGGGCUUCUCCAGAGCCAUGAAGCUACACUAAGGCCAGGGGUGUGUGUUAGUUGGGCUGCUUCUCUCAGCCUGUGUGUCUACACUGGGAUUCUCCCCACGGUGGCAGGCACACGGGUGUGUUUGUCUGGUUCUCUCUGUGGCCACUAGCUGCCUGAAGGAAGCGAGGGUCUCCAAUGAUGGCCUGUGGGCACACAGGGUGGAUCAGGCUGUGUCUCCCUGCCUGGGCUGGCUGCCCACAGGAAGCAAGCUUCUGACAGCAGCCUAAGGCAGUCACAACUUCUCUCAUUGUCCAUAAUAAUCCACUGUUCUUUGGCAGUCAAUGCAGUAAUAUUCUUUAUAGGAUUUUUCCUCUUUCAAUAAAAGAGUCUAGUGGACAUCAAGUAUUACAUUUAAUUUUCAUGUUUUUUAAGACUGCUUUCCUGUGCAGCAUUUCCACAGACUUUUUGCACCUUUUAUGACGGUUGAGAUUUUAAAGAGUAAGAGUAAAACUUCUCUGUACUUCUAAUGUUUGGGGUUUUUAUGUUUUUCUCAUGAUUUGAUUCAGGGUACAUAUUCUUUAUUCAAAUACAGUGGUACCUCAGUUCACAAACUUAAGUCAUUCCAUGAUUCUGAAGCAAAAGCAUUCAUGAACCAAGGCACCACGGUACUACCUCUAUAAUGUGUCCUCCUUAGAGUACCACAGUUGUAUACACAUGAAAUCUGUCUGCUCUUAUUGGUAGUGUUAAUUGUGAUCAUUACUCAAAGUGUUUUAUAAUUUCUUCACUAAUUAGAUAUUUUUUUUCUCUUGGAACUAACAAGCAAUCUGUGGAGACACAUUUUAAGAGCAAGAAAACAUUCUGCUUUUCAUCAAAAUUUUCCCCUAGACUUGCCCUGUAUUGAUGAUUCAUGCCUUCACUACAAAGGUUGCAAAAUGAUUCAACUGUGUAUAUUUCUUAAGUUUUUUGGUGUUUAUGUUCCAGUGUUUGUGUCAGUUUUUGAUAAUCAACUAUUUUAAUUAACUUCUUAUGAAUUGCCAAGCUUCUUAUAUUUAAAGUGAUUGUUUCUGAUCCAGUCCAUAAAAGUGAAUUUGAUUACACACACACACACACACACACACACACACACACACACACACAGAGCAUCUUUUCCAUACAAGUCAACCCCUUUUCCAGCUAUACAAGAUGAGUUCCUUAAUUCCUGUGUAUACCCGGAUGAGGAUUCCUAGGCAGGAAUGAGCCUGCUAAGUUUAACUAUGGAUGGAACCAUAGAAGACUCAGUUUAAGUUAGCAGUGCCUGUUACAGAACUUUUUUGCAGGGGGAGAGUAAAUGAAACGCAGGACAUGUCGUUUGUUGUUAUCAAAAGGAGUAAGGCAUGAAUGCUACUGGAAUUCAAUCACUUUGCUCAUUUGGUUUCUAACUGUAUUCAGUACUAUGGUAAUUUUGCUUAGUUGUAAAAGCUGUUUUGGUGGCUCUUUUAGGCUAUUUUACUUCUUAAAAAAUUAUAGAGCUACCAGAAAUAUUUGAAGGAUUGAGAAUAUGGUCAUAUUUUAGGCGCCAUCUCCAUAUUGUAAUAAUAUCUGUUGUUCCUACUCUUACACUGGCCUCCCUCAGGCCCAUCCUGAGCUGUUCUCACUUUCUGGAGUAGCUUUGUGCUAUUAAAUUGUGGCUUGUUCCUCUUUCCUUUGCAGACUAUUAGUCAUGAUGAGGAGGAGGAAAUAUUGAUUUCCCACUCCAGCAAUUGCCACUGUUACAAAACAGAUUCUCAACAAUCCAGAGAAGAAUGUAUCAGUUUCUUAUACCUUUUGUCUCUUUCAAAACAUUUUAUGUUUUGAAAUAUGAGGAAGACCUGAGUUAAAAACAAAACCCUUUUAUAUGUGAGAGGAAGAGUUAUGUGUUGCUAUUUCUUUGAGGUUCCUAUUCUGAGACAUCUACUGAAUACCUAGUUUUUGUGGCACAUUUGCUCUUCUCUGAAGAGUUAAUUGAAAUUUAUUUUUUAAAACCUAGAAACAGGCAUAUUAUUCAAUAGUGUUUUAAUUGGAAAUAUGUACAUGUGACAUGGCAUAUAUAAUUAUUCAGAAUCGAUCUUCACAUGACCAUAUUGUAAUAAUUAUAGGGGGACUCAAGGACAAGUUUUGAGUUUUUUAGAUUUACUAUGGACCAAUGAGGGUGAACCUUUUAAAGACCCAGCACCCAAACUGCAACCUAAAGCCCACUUAUUUAUCAUAAAAGUGCCAACACUAUAAUUAAACCUGAGUACUGAGGUGUUAGUGUGGAAAAAACAACUCAUACACUUGGGUCUUACACCAACAGAGAGGGCUGUGUAUAUGCCCUAGCUUUGCCACUGCUGCUAUAGACUCUGUGUGUGUGUCUCCUCAUACCUUAUACAUAUGGGGAGUUGAGUUUGAAGUAGCAAAUGUAAAAAUACAAAAAGGAAAAAUGAAAGAGCUGUGAGGCAAGACUCCAAAGCCUGCAAGUUUCCUGAAGAAUAUAGUCCCACCUUCAGGGGCAAGACCAUUGGGGCACAGAGCCCAUUUAUUUGAGUUGGGAGAGCAGAGAUCUGUGAGACAGCAUUGGUAAUAAAGCAAAGUUAACAGAUAAGGAGAAAAAAUUUAGGGGAAGUUCUUGGCAAGAUCCACUGCAGCCAAGAUGACAGGAAGAAUUAUCAGCGUCAUCUGGAAGUGGUAUAGACUUGACCAGGAGAUGAAUUCAACUUCCAGCUCUGGAGUGUGUGGUAUUAGAGUGUGGUAUUGGUGCUUGAUAUAGAGAUAACCAGCAAACAUUUCAUGAGGGAAGACUGAUGAUGCUCAGAAGAAAAUUGAGAUGAAGAUGUAGACUGAAAUUCAGUCCAAACUGUGUACUGUGUGUGUGUGUGUGUGUGUGUGUGUGUGUGUGUUGUGGUUGAUGGUGGAAGACUGGGAGACACUGUUUAGGAAAGGGAAAUUUAACUGUGUUAAGGCUUGAGGCCAGACCAAGGACAGGGCCAUUCCAUUUCUCAGCUCCAUUGGGUACCAAUCACUUCAUCGUUUGUGUGAAUGACAUCUCCAGGACUGUACAGUGAAAGUCUGCAUGAAGGGAGCUCAUACUCAAGGAUCAUUUUGAUGCAUGAAUGAUAAUUGAAAGGUGUUUUGAGAGGUCAGUGAAGACUCAUGCCAGGGAAUUGUAACAAAACCCAGGUUGAAGGCUUUUAUGGCAUAGUGUCAGGUGAUAUAGUGUGUUUAUGAGGUCAUUAAUUAACCCCAACAGAACCCUUACAAAAUAUUUAGAAUAGAAACUAGAUUAUAAGGAGUUAAGCUGAGAGGAGAGGUGGAAAGUGUUUUGAGGAAACAGUAGUAAUGAGACAUGAUUUUAUGAACGACAUCAUAGAACAUUUCUACAUGAGUUAAUUAUAUAAAAUAAUUUCAUGUUUUGGAGUUUGUUUUUAAAACUUUUUAAUUGACACAAAACUAAAUAUUUAUGGGUGCCAUGUGAUGUUUCAGUAUGAAUAUACAUUAUAUGAUGUUCAGAUCAGGGUAAACAUAUUUACCCUUAAACAUCACAUCUUUGUGGUGAAAGCAUCAGUACUGUAUUGCCAUCUGUAGUCACCCUGUCACCAAGUGGCACCUGAAUGUCUUACUCCUAUUUAAUUUAGUUCCCAUUGAUCUCCACCUCUCCUUUUCACUUUCUCAUUUCUACUCUCCUUGACCUCUGUUAAACAUUAGUCUAUGCAAAAAACAACAACAACAACAAAAAACACUAGUCUAUGCUCUUCUAUGAGAUCAACUUUUAGAUUCCACAUAUGGGUGAGAUUAGCAGUAUUUGUCUUUCUGUGCUUGAUUUAAAAAGUAACACUUAAUGACUUUCAUUUCUAGUCAUAUUGUCUAUCACAGCUGGUGGGAUUUUGUUCUUUUUUGUGGAAGUAGAGUAGUUCAUCAUGCCCUUGUACCUGUUUUUUUUUUUUUUUGUUUUGUUUUGUUUUUUUGUUUUUUUUUUUAAUCUAUUUGUCAGUCGGUGGAAAUUUAGGUUUAGCUCACGUCUUGGCCCUUACUGCUUCAAUAAACAUUGGAGUGUAGGUAUCUAUUGAAUGUGUUGAUUUUAUUUGGCACUUACAUUGACUAGAUAAUGGUUUUUCUCCUUAUUUCAGAAAUUUUCUCAAAAUUUUCAGUAAUAUUUUGAGAAAUUAGUAAAAUUCUCAAAUUUCCUGCUAUAGUAGUUUUACUUUCAUAAAUUUAAGUCAUAUUUUUUCAUACUAUUUAUAGAAACUUUUUAACAAUGCCAGCAUUUGUGUUAGCUAUGAGCUGUAAUGAAAAUGAAUGACUUAAAAAACUUGUAUAGUGAAUUUCUGACUUCUUGUACCUUGAUAAUUUCAGUGAAACUAAGUAAUUUCUGAUCAUGAACUAAUAUUUAAUUCAAAGAUUAAAGUUAGUAAUGAUGACUUGUAUUUCAAAUGUAUAAGAACAUAGGCUUGUGUUGAAAGAAUAAACAGGAACUUAAAGGAGAAAUAUGGUUUGUACCAAGGCAAUAUUAAGUAAACCAGGAGUUUCUCUUUUAUUACUGUUGCUGGGGCAGGAGAUUCAUGAGUGACAGGGAGGCAUCUUAUUUAGCGAUCUUUAUGAUAUAUCAAGAAAUCGUCUUAGGGUAAUUAAAUAGUUUGGUUAAAAGUUUGAUUAUUUCAGCUACUCUUAAUUCUUCUGUUAAAAGAUGAAGUUUGUGUCGACAUGGACAUAAACUUACGUGUUCAUUUUACCUGAAGAAAGUUUUACAUUUUCUUUUUUCUGUUUUUGUUACUGCUUUUUGGUCUUUUUUGGAACUUGGCUACAACCAAGUAGUGAGUUUUUCUCCUUGCUGUUUUUAUGAACUACAUUAGCCAUUCACAGAACAGCAGCAAAUAGCCAUUUAUAAAAUUCAUGUCUUCAAAUGUUAAUUUGAUGCUUUGAGGCGUAAGUGACCUUUCUAUCCAGCCCAGACUUGUCAAACAAAGGGCUGAUAGGAACAAGCUACUGUUUGUUCUAAUACAACAGGCUGUUUUUCACAGAGAAUUUUAAAAACAAUUUUGUUUCCCAUUUUUCCAAAACAUUAAAUUAGUCUUCGGUCUGUGCUAAUAUGUACAAGUAGUUUAAUAGAAUCCUGAGCACCUAUGCGACAGUGCUUGAGACACCAAGUUCAUAGGAGUUAGAGGAAGAGCAAAAAUAGUAGGUAAGCAGAGUAAAGCACUGCCCAUAGCUUUGUAUUAUUAUUACUAUCAUUACUGAAUAUUACUUGAAACCACUAACAUAAACUGGGGUGGUGAUAUGGAAUGACCACUGGACUGAGUACCAAAAAGACUUGACUCACCACAACUUUACAGUUGCCUUAACUAUCCUUGGGCUCUGAUGUAUGAUCUAACUUCCAUGGAUUUCUUUAUGUAAGGUGGAAAUAAUUCCACUAACAACUGUGAGAUUGUGGAUGUUCUGCGUACCUCUUUGUUCAUUUGUCUCAAUAAUUGUGAUGUUAAUCCCCCAGUGUGUUAUAGAUAUUUUCUACUGGCAUUGACAUUUAUUUUCCCAUGCAUAAUGUAAACAAGUAUGUAAGAGUUUUGAGGUUGGGUUUUUCCAUUGAGUUCUCAUGCUCUCAGAUAAAUUUCUAGGCACCUGGAAACCAACAAAACAGAGUUCACCUAUUGAGUACUAACCAUCCCCACCAUACUUUCACUGCCAGAUAAUUUAGUGUCAAAUGUUUUCUCUGAAAAUGUAGUACUCCUUGUAGAAUAGUGGAACAUGUACUUAGUGUUGAUGGGUUGUUAGUUUAUUUUUUCUUCUUGGAAAGCAUAAGAAAGGAAGCAAGAAGGAAACUGACUUCAUUUUGGUCAAUUUAAGGAUAAUGACACCUUAACACAGAUAAGCUUGUCCCCACUAUGUCCUGAAAAUGUGUUUUUUAAAAACUUGGUUAGAGAAAUUUCUAAUAAGAUUUAUGUAGGACACAUUUGGCUUACUACCUUAUAUUUACCUCUCUUAAAGCACAGGAAAUGUCUCUUAAUUUAUAUUUGGGGUUAGGUUUGAUUUUUAGGAAAGAGCAUUUAAAAGUUUGAUAGUUCUAAUUAGGAAAGACUUUUUGGUUAGAAGAAAGUUUGCAUUAUGGCAUUUAGCUAUUGUGUAUAAGAAAUUAACACUAGACCUGAAGAAGCAGCUUAGCCUCUUAGCCACAAAAAUAGAAUUGGUUCAUAGACUUAGUUUUUUGAUUCUUGGAAUUAAUACUCUACCACUGUGCUACAGUCUCAUCCCUGUAGACUUAGUUUUUAUGGAAAGGGCUAGGAAGGAAUUUGAAAACAAAAGAAAAAUGUUUGUCAAAUUCAAGUUCUUAUAAGUUUCUUACAAUGCUUUAAAUUUAGCACAGUUACAAAAUACAAAUUAAGUUUUAUAAUUUAGGAAGUGCUAUUUGAUAGAAAUGAUACAUGCUCUUAAGUAUUUUUAACCUGCAUUUAUUAAAUGCUAUAUUCCCAUGGCGCAUUUCAAUUUCUAGGAACCCAGUAUUCACAUGCAAGGAUCUCAUGAAAAGGCUCUUGUAUUGGAAAUCAGAAAAUACCUAUGUUCUGGACAAAGGCCAGCUACUAGCUGUCAGACCUUGGGCAAACCAUUUGACAUCUAUGGAUCUUCUGUCACUUACUUGAUAAAUGAUUGGAAGCAUAAAGAUGUUUCAAAUACAACGUAAAAUCUUACUUUUGUCUUUAGAAAUUGAUAUUAAAGCCAGUAAUAGAAUUUAUUUUAAGUAUAUAUUCAAAAUACUGUAUUUAUUUUUCCUUUCAAGAGUUUUCAUUUAACCAAAUGGAUUUAUUUAAAGUUUUUGACCACAGCUGCUGCAGAAAUGUGUGCACAGCUACUGUUUUGGUAAACACAGACAAGUAGCCAGAUGGUAGUAAUACUUUUAAAAGUUAGGCUGUUAGGGCUGGGAACCAUCCAAAUGGAAUUUUCAAUGUUUUGCCUAGGUACCCUGGAUUUAGUACACACUAAAUGAGUUUGAGUGUGUUUUAUUACUGCAGUGGCUACAAAGAACAAAUAGAGAAUUAUGUAGAAUACAAAUAAUGCUUAUUAAGCUUGCAGUUGAUUCCUUCUGAUAGAUAUUCCAAAUUGCUGUCAGACUAUAUUUACUUACUCAUAAACAGAUGUGCUUUUGCUUUAAAUCAGAAUAACUAUUCCAAACCUAGUUAUGCAUAUUUUAAACAACUGUUAAGGAUUACAUUUUAAAAUCAUUGUUGAUUAAAUAGGAAGCUGAUUUAUUAUAUUUUCUAAGGUUGUUUGUGGUGGUUUUAAAUGACAAAGAACUUAGUUUUGCUUUUUAUUUUUGAAAUAUGAUUAAAGUGAAGCAUUGCCUAUUAAAAAUUACAUCUGCUGUGUAGUCUAGAAUGGAUAUUAGGAACUAGGGAUGUAGCUCAGGGGGAGAGUACUUGCAUAGCAUGUACAAAGCUCUAGGUUCAAGCCCUGGAAAUUAAAAAAGCUGCUAUUGAAUAUGAGCAAUUUAUUAUAUUUAUAAAAGUUAGGCUAAUAAUUGGCACCAAAUGAAGAGUUGGUACAGUGUAGGCAUCACCUGUGCUUUAACUAAAUAGUAAGUAGUAGUUAUCAUAAGUGUUAAAUUUACAGAUUGAUAAUGUUGAAGAAUAUUUUCUCCAGUUUAGUUUUUUCUCUUGAUUGUAUUGUAUAGUUAAGUAAGAACUUCGGUAGUUACAUACCACGCUAUUCAUUAAGCACAUAAACCUUGCUGUGUUCUGCAGACCCUGAUAUGAGACUAAGCUAGCUUACUCAUAGAAUUCUUAUUUAUGUUUCGCUUCUCUGGUGUAGUUAUAAAGUUUGUACUUAAGUGGGUUUGUAUGGUAGUUCCUACCAGCUCAUUCUCAGUCAUGCUCACAGGUUUUUACAACAAACAAUUAUUGAAUCAUUACUAAAGAUUAGGCAUUGUGCUAGGAUGGAUGACCCUCAUCUUCUGGGGCCUCCUUUUACUGGAAAGCUAAGUGUUGAGUGUAUGAAAAAUUCAAACUUGCAGUUGUGAUAAAGUGCUAGAAAGUAGGGGAACCUGAAUGGAUUCUUGCUCCUCAGAAAUAGAGCUAAUUCUGUUCAUGAAUACAUUAACAGUGUAACCGAUCUCCUAUAAUAGUCGUGCUGAUUUGAUUACAUCAGCCGGCAUCCUCCUCUGUUGCUUAUAUCAUUUCACAUAGAUUUUGUCUGUUCACCUAGAAUCCAUCAUACCUUGCCUUGCCUGUCCUCGAAGGUGAGGGAAGGUGAAGGCUAAAUGAGUCUUAAGUACUUGCCUGAAGGCGCACACAGUCUGGAUUACCUUAGCUGUUUUAAAGUCAGGUGAAAACCAGGCAGAAGGACCCUAUCACUCAGAGGAGGAUAAGUAUAGGAACUAGGGUUGCUUCAGCACCAUAGGAUUGCCUGUGUACUUUAAAGUAUAAUGUGGAAUUGAUGCUACUGAACAUGGCACUUGUGGAAUUGUUUCCUUGGUGUACUGGACCCUGAACUUCUGCAUCUGGGGGGGGGCAGGAACGAAACCAAAUGAGUGUUUUUAAAGUGUGUUACUGAAGUUUUAGGCUUUGUGCUUUGUGUUUUGGCCUUUUUGAGUAAAAGCCAAAUGGUAACAGUGCUAAUCAUUCUUUGUGGGCACCUGAGCUGGUUACUGAUCUAUCUAUGAAUAGCAUACUAAUAAACCUAUGUCUAGCAUUAGGCUGCAUAAAAGUAAAAUCCAUCUGUAAUCUCCUAGAACUAAAGAGGGGAGUAUUUACUAACAAAUGUGGACAAUUUUUAAAGCCAGAUAACCCAAUGUAUUUACCUGAACAACUUAUUAAUUAUAGUGGUACUAACUGUAGUAGACCAAUUUAGAUUAUUGUACCACUGUGGCACUUUAAGGCUUUUUUUUUUUUUUUUUUUUUUGCACUUUAAAUCCUAUUAACACAAGCAUUACAUUUUUAUUGAAAUCUAGUACUGUUUAGGAUUCUAAAUUUAAUACUGCCUUUUUGGGGGGUAGAUGUUGGUGGCAGAGAGAGAUGAUUUCUUACUAUGUUGGUCAUGCUGGCCUCAAACUCAUGGAUUCAAGCAGUCUUUCUGCCCCAACCUCUCCCAGUUGUUGGGACUGAAGACACAUAAAUGUCCUCAGCCAGGGUGAUUGUUACUUAUUGAACAUUUUGUUUCGUUAUUAGUGUGAAGUAUUAUUAGUAUUACUGAUACCAGAGGACAGUACUACUCAAAUUCGCCUUACUGUAUCCCCUCCCCGCAUUCAGUUGCUCAGUUAGUGGUGAGCAUUGCUGCAAUUCAUACAGAAAAUUUACACUUUCAAUGUGGAAUGUAUUGUUGAUAAAGAUAGACAUGUUAGAAAUAUGACUUUUAAAAAGUGUACAGAUUUUCCAGAACAAUUUUAGUGUUCUCGACUUAGCAGCAGCAGUCAAAAAUUUAACGAGUCUUUUGCAUUUAUUCCUUGUCUCAUAGCAACCUAAUGUAAAACUAUAUUCAAAAAUAAUGAGUGUAGAAUAAAAAAUAAAUUGCAUUAAUAAUUGCAGGCCAGACACCAUGUUUGUUUGUUUUUUAUGAUUUUUGAUGUUUAAUAUUUUGUACUGUAUACAUUUAUGCUCUGUUAUAGCCAACAACAGAAAAGAGACCAAAAAAGUGUGCAAGUUUUUCAAAGGAAAUAAUUUAGAAUACUGCUGCUUGAAUAUGUAGUAUGAGAACAAACAAUGAAUAGCAUAUAAUUCUGUACCUUAUACAGAGACAUUAAAUAUACAUAUUAGUAAAGUAGCAGAUGCUUUGGUACCGAAAUUGACAUGUAAAAUAGCACUCUUUCUCUGCAGGGCUUGGCUCUAACCAGCAUUCCUUCACAUGUAAUGAAUAGCUAAUUUCAACCUAUGGUCCAUAGGAGACUGAUAGGGAACUGGGAGGAGGCUAAGCAUUCCAACUCCCAAGAACAGCAGGAUGUGUAGAGAUGUGCUUUUUAAUGGAGAAACAUUUUAGAGCUCUUGGGAAUAAAUUCAUAAAGACGGUUGCACAUGUGUUUUUGCUUUUAAAUUAAGUAAUUAUUAAUAUAGUUAGAGAACCAGGAGUCUGGCAGCCUUAUUGCAAUAGGGAAAAGCAGAAUUUGGCAUUGAACUGAGCUCAGCAGACACUUUUGAGAGAAUACAUACUAAAACUGUCCUGCAUUCCAAUAGAGCAGUUUAUUAGAAACAGGCAUUUGAGAAUGUAUUUAACUAGUUGAAAUGUGGGAUUGACUUUCAAAACGUGGUGUUUACUUGUAUAUAGGGAAAGGUAAGUGACUUACAUUCUGCCUCAUCAAGAUUCAUUUGCAGAUUGAGAUUUUCCUUUGCUCAUAACUCAUUCAUCUAUCAACUAGUCCAUAUUUGCUGAGCAUUUGCUGUGUUGUUCUUGGAACCCCAAAAUAAAUAAAAUCAAUCUCCACUCUCAAGCAGUUUGGAGUCUGGUGCACCUACAAAUGCUACAAGUGAAAGAUUUUAUGAGGCUAAAGUGUUUAGGCUAGCUUUUAUAUUCUGAAAUGUAAAAUACUUCAGAAAGGUAGAUAAAACAUGUCCUCAAUUGAACAGAUAGUUACGAAUUAUAUUCUGUGUGUUCUUGGUGCUAUUCCUUUAUUCAACAUUAUGUUAUUAAUCUAUUGUUUAUAGUAUACCAUCUCUGUAUAAGCAUUUAUUUUAUACCUCUACUAUACUUUUGUUUAUUCAUCAUACUGUUGGUGGAUAUUUGGGUUGUUACCAGUUUUGUACUACCAUUAAUAGGACAUUAAGAGCAUUUUUAAUUACUUAUUUUAGGAUAUGUGUGCAUAUACUAGGAAUGACAUAUAUUUACUCUUUAUGACACAACAAUGAGACCAAGCUGUUUUUCCUAUAUGGUAGUCUUAAUUUAAGAAGAUCCAUAUCAGUGAUGUUUAAAAAGUUGUAUUUUCUUGGAGUUGGGUUUUUUUUUCAUAGUGAUAUAAUAUAGUUAAUUGUAGCUAACAUAAAGUUCAGGUGUCCUUUCUACUUAACAUGAAUUGCUAGGAGUAUGCUUGAAAUGCAAAUCAUGACUUAGCAUUUUAUUCUGCUAAUUUCAAUAAUUGCUGACAAAUCAGGAAAUACGAGAAUAUGAAAAAGAUCCUUGGGGCAGGAAACGAUGCAACAGAUUUUAAUGUUAGGAAGAGAUAAUAAAAAAAUCCCAAUGUAUAAUAAGGACAUAAAAGGCUUAGCAGUUUUAAAAGGUGGAGCUCACAUUUUAAAGUGUAAUUCUAUUUUAAUCUCUCUGCUAAUCGAAGAAAAAAGAUGACUGAUUUGGUAGGGUAAUCUUGUUUGAAAAAUUGACAACACUUUGGCAUGAGGCCCAGAUCUCUUUUCAGAUUUUUUGCAAAAUAGAAAAAUGACAUUCACGUAAGUGCUAUUCAUUGUGGUAAGAAAGGGAUAUUGUUGAAUCUGAGUGAAGUACUAACUUUAUAUAGUUGGAGAAUAGAUAAUAAAAUAGGAAGCAGUGAACAUUUUCAAAUGAUCAACCCUUUCUCCCUUCCCAAAUAGGAGAAAGACUGUUCUGAUUAUCAGAAUAAUUAAUUAGCAGAGCAUUAGAGAUUUGAAGACAUUCAGUUUACGUUUUUUGGUCUCCACAAAUGUAAGAAGUAUGAAGAUUUUUUUAAAAUAUGGUUCCUGGGAUUGAACUCAAGACCUCAUGCUUCCAAGCAGGUUUCCACUUGAGUGGCACAGUGACAGAACCUGCAAUACAAUCGGAGCCAGAAACUGUUUGCAACGUGGCCAUCAGCUUUGAUCGUUGCAAGAUUACCUCAGUGACCUGCAGCUGUGGAAACAAGGACAUAUUUUAUUGUGCUCAUGUUGUGGCACUGUCUUUAUACCGUAUCCGCAAACCAGAUCAGGUCAAGCUUCAUCUUCCCAUUUCAGAGACUCUCUUUCAAAUGAAUAGAGACCAACUACAGAAGUUUGUACAGUAUUUGAUCACAGUGCACCACACAGAAGUUUUGCCAACUGCUCAAAAAUUAGCAGAUGAAAUUCUUUCCCAGAAUUCAGAAAUCAACCAAGUUCAUGGUGCUCCUGAUCCAACAGCAGGUGCUAGUAUAGACGAUGAAAAUUGCUGGCACUUAGAUGAAGAGCAGGUUCAAGAACAGGUUAAACUGUUCCUUUCCCAGGGCGGGUACCACGGAUCAGGGAAGCAGCUUAAUUUGCUCUUUGCAAAGGUGCGGGAGAUGUUGAAAAUGAGGGAUUCCAAUGGCGCCCGUAUGUUGACCUUGAUAACAGAGCAAUUCAUGGCUGACCCUCGCCUGUCACUUUGGAGGCAACAAGGCACUGCGAUGACUGACAAAUACAGGCAGCUCUGGGAUGAGCUGGGUGCUCUGUGGAUGUGUAUAGUUCUAAACCCCCACUGCAAGUUAGAACAGAAGGCCAGCUGGCUAAAACAGCUGAAAAAAUGGAACAGUGUUGAUGUCUGUCCAUGGGAAGAUGGAAAUCACGGCAGUGAAUUACCCAACUUAACCAAUGCUCUGCCUCAGGGUGCAAAUGCCAACCAAGAUUCAUCGAACAGGCCACAUCGGACAGUGUUCACUCGAGCCAUCGAAGCAUGCGAUCUCCACUGGCAGGAUAGCCACUUGCAGCACAUUAUCAACAGUGACCUAUACACCAACUACUGUUACCAUGACGACACUGAAAACUCCCUCUUUGACUCUCGCGGGUGGCCCCUCUGGCAUGAACAUGUUCCUACAGCCUGUGCAAGAGUGGAUGCAUUACAGUCUCACGGGUACCCCAGAGAAGCACUGCGACUAGCAAUAGCUAUUGUUAACACAUUAAGACGACAGCAACAAAAACAGUUGGAAAUGUUCCGGACUCAAAAAAAAGAGCUCCCCCACAAAAGCAUCACCUCCAUAACCAAUCUGGAAGGCUGGGUCGGACACCCCCUGGACCCUGUGGGUACUCUCUUCAGUAGCCUCAUGGAAGCCUGCCACACUGAGGAUGAAAGCUGCCCUGGCUUCUCAGAUUUUACAGAAAGUAUGGGACAAUGCAAGUCUCUAGAAUACCAGCAUCUACCUGCACACAAAUUCUUAGAAGAAGGGGAAUCCUACUUAACGCUGGCUGUGGAAGUAGCCCUGAUAGGGCUGGGGCAGCAGCGGAUCAUGCCGGACGGGCUGUACACCCAGGAGAAAGUUUGCCGGAAUGAGGAGCAGCUUAUUUCUAAGCUUCAGGAAAUUGAAUUGGAUGACACAUUGGUGAAAAUUUUUCGCAAGCAAGCAGUCUUCCUAUUAGAAGCCGGACCAUAUAGCGGUUUAGGCGAAAUAAUCCAUCGGGAGAGCGUUCCAAUGCACACUUUUGCCAAGUAUCUCUUCACUUCUCUCCUACCUCAUGAUGCUGAAUUGGCAUACAGAAUUGCACUGAGAGCAAUGCGGUUACUAGUAUUGGAAUCUACUGCUCCAACGGGAGACCUCACCCGCCCACACCACAUUGCAUCAGUUGUUCCCAACCGAUACCCUCGUUGGUUCACUUUAAGCCACAUUGAAUCCCAGCAGUGUGAGCUGGCAUCCACCAUGCUAACUGCAGCCAAAGGUGAUGUUCGGAGGCUGGAAACAGUAUUAGAAUCUAUCCAGAAAAACAUUCACUCUUCAUCCCACAUUUUCAAGCUUGCCCAAGAUGCAUUUAAAAUUGCAACUCUCAUGGACAGUUUGCCAGACAUCACUCUUCUGAAAGUGUCUCUGGAGCUGGGCCUGCAGGUUAUGCGAAUGACACUGUCAACCUUAAAUUGGCGACGCCGGGAAAUGGUGAGGUGGCUAGUGACGUGUGCUACUGAAGUGGGUGUUUAUGCCCUAGACAGCAUCAUGCAGAGCUGGUUUACUCUGUUUACUCCCACCGAAGCCACGAGUAUUGUUGCAACCACCGUGAUGUCCAACAGCACAAUCGUCCGCCUCCAUCUGGACUGCCACCAGCAGGAGAAGUUGGCCAGCAGUGCCCGGACACUUGCUCUGCAGUGUGCCAUGAAGGACCCGCAGAACUGUGCCCUCUCUGCGCUAACCCUGUGUGAAAAGGAUCACAUAGCUUUUGAGACGGCAUACCAAAUUGUCCUGGACGCUGCUACCACCGGCAUGAGCUACACACAGCUCUUCACCAUAGCACGGUACAUGGAGCACCGUGGGUACCCCAUGAGGGCCUACAAGCUGGCUACCCUGGCCAUGACCCACCUCAACCUGAGCUACAAUCAGGACACGCACCCUGCCAUUAAUGAUGUUUUGUGGGCCUGUGCACUUAGCCACUCCCUUGGUAAAAAUGAGCUGGCAGCUAUAAUACCUCUGGUGGUCAAGAGUGUCAAGUGUGCAACGGUACUGUCGGACAUUUUGCGCAGAUGCACUCUGACCACUCCGGGCAUGGUGGGACUUCAUGGCAGGAGGAACUCGGGCAAGCUCAUGUCACUGGACAAAGCCCCUUUGAGGCAACUCUUGGAUGCCACCAUCGGGGCCUACAUCAACACAACGCACUCACGACUCACACACAUCAGUCCUCGGCACUAUAGCGAGUUUAUAGAGUUCCUCAGCAAGGCCCGAGAGACCUUCCUCAUGGCGCAUGAUGGACACAUUCAGUUUACACAGUUUAUUGACAACCUGAAACAAAUCUACAAAGGCAAAAAGAAACUGAUGAUGUUGGUCCGGGAGAGAUUUGGUUGAUAGAACUUGUAUGAAUGGGGUGAGGGGAGGGGAUGGGAGGGAUGGUUUGUUUUUACUUGAGCCUGCCUUUGUACCCUUUUUAACUUAAAGAACAGAGCCACACCGGUAUUAUAUGUGUAUAGUUAUAUUGCGUUUGCAGACUAAAUUGUCAUGUUGUGAAAGUUUGUGUGUUUUAGUUUUUCCCUUUUUCUUUCUUUGCUUUUAUUUUUUAAUUCUUUUUUUUUAUUGGUUUUGUAUGAGAGAGAGGUUAAAAGGUUUGGUUUACACUGAGUAUAUGUUGUCAAGUGGCAAAAGUCCACAUAGCUCUCCUGUUUUCUGUAUACGUUCACAGCCUCAAAAAAAAAAUAAUUGAAAUGGCUUUAAAAACCAAACAGAACACCUCCAUCCUGUGAUAAGUACCUCGAAUGGAUUCAGCUUUACUCCUUUGUAACUCAUCUUUACAUUUCAGCAUAUUUAAACAAACCAACAACAUGAAAUACUAGUAGUGAAAAGGCUGACCCACGUGGCUUUGCAGUGCUGUUCGUCCAGAAGCAUGGCACACGAUGCUUGUGCAUGUGGAAACUUAGCGACUGUCAACAUACAUUCUCAGGGAUUUAUCCAAAAAAUUAAAAAAAGAAUGAGAGCAUUUAUUGUACUGUAUAUAUAUUAUAGUAUAUGUCUGAAUAUUGAAAAUAUAACAUUAACUAAUUUAUAAAAAUAUUCUAUGUAAUGCAAAAUACUUGAAGCUGCAGUAGCUUGGUUUUAAACAAAAACAGCAACAACAACAACAAAAAAAAAAAAACAACUGAGAGAAA